GAACGCGUCGUGAAAAAAGAGACGGCGCAGGCCGAGAGCUACCGUCGUCCACCCGCACGUGUAGUCGUCGGGAUUAAAACAGGUGGGGCGGGAAUCGGGUCCCGCGCGCCGUUACGGGAGUGCGUACGUACGUACUUGGAGCUGCGAGGGUAAACAUUCCGUUGACCGAAUACUCAAAACAUUCGUCGCGCGCGAGACCAAGUUUGUUUACAGAUCGCAGUGGCGCCGCGUUCGCCCUCUCCCUUCCCCUCCCUCGUGUUUUCUCUAGUCGGUAAGUCGCGUUUGGGACGUACGUAUGAACACAAGGACACGGCGCGCGUCGUUUUAUCGAUGAUGAAAACAAUCGCGCGUCCCGUGUUGAAUUCUUAGUGAUUCUCAGUGCGUGGAAAAGAGAGCAAGGGAGUGAGAGAGAGAGAGAGAGGGGGGAAGCGUCGAGUCAGGUUUUUCGUUUGGAGAGAAGCGCGCGCGUCGCUACUUGUCCCACGAAAUUACAUGCAGCGCGGGUCGCGUCGUCCCGGUCCCCCCCGGGCCCCGGGCGUCUAAGUAACAGUACUUCCUCGCGCUCGGUGGAAUAAGCCUCUUUCCGUGGAACGGGACCCACCGCGCGCUCUCGUUGGCGCGCGUGCGCGCGCGCGCGGGAGCGCGAGCGCCGCUCUCCUCUCGCUGCGGCGAGAAACGUCACUGUCUCACUCGCGCUCGAGCCGUCCGGGUACUUGCCGUCCCGUGCUAUCGCCUCCCGAGUAGUCUGGCCGGUCGGGAACGGGGGAGCGUCUCGUGAAACCAGUCCUCGCGUACGUACUCGCGCCGGAGCAGAGGAGGCUCGCGGUCGCCGAGCACCUUCCGCACCUCGGGUGCGCGACUCGCGAGCAUUUUCGGCGAUCCCGACUCCGAUUGGAUCGACGUCGCAAACAGGUGAUAGAUUUCUAGGUGAUAGGUUUUCCGGAGAUCGCACUGAGCCGCCGCCGCCAUAUUUACAUUUUUUUGGGAACUACUCGCGGAAAUUUGUAAAGACCCACAGGUGUCAGUUUACGAUUAACGCUGACUUCGCGACGUUCGAGGAAGGGAUUCUCCGUGACUCCUUCGGACGCAUCUCAAUCGAGAAGCUGAAAACAUCACGAUAAGGGAUAAAGGCUCGAUAAAUCGAGUGAAAUUUGAAAAACCUGCGGUACGUCGCGCGUGCGCGCGCACAGUUGGACGCCGCGACAGUCGGCCAACUUCAAUUCGGAGCGAUUCAGAGUACGCGAGUGUAGAACGAGGUUCGCUCGACUUCUUUCGUCCGAAAAGCAUCGAGGUUAGAUAGUUGGCUUCUCGAACGCGAUGUUCGCGCGCGACUCCCGUGUCUCGUCCUCGAUUUCCUCGGUCGCGUUCGCACCCAACGAACGCGGCCGCGAACGCGAGUGAUGCGUGAGGGCGACUCGCGCGUGCGAUCCCACAUCGUCGAUUCGGACGAGUCUCGGGGCGAAAGACAACCUCGACUCGCGUUUUAGAGGAUCCUCCGAAGAAAGUGAGGAAUGUAUAAGAUCCAGAAGGGAAUUAUGAGCGAGGGAAUCUUUGCAAAUUCAGACAUGGAGCAAGGAGAAUGAGGAGAGGCGGAGAGAGAUAGAAGGAGACAGCUUGCGAGGCCUUUCGCCGCUCGCGAUCCAAGUUUCUCGGUCGCCCGCGAGUCCCACUGAUCUAAUUCGCGACGUUCCUUUGCACCUCGCGAUGCCUUGGUGAAGACGUUCAUCAUCCAGCUGUCUCGCGGAUCGUUCGAGCGAGAAGGAUAAUGCAAGGACAUCGCCGAUCUACGUGAGUCGUCGAACAAAUCGCCCGAUUAAAUCUUCAAUUCCGUUGAGAUACUCGGAGAGAUCUAGAAAGGAAGGACUGAACUGUGCGGUAUCGAUAAUCUCUCGUCGUGAUAAAGGUCGACGCUGAUGCGAGUGUAACUUUUGCAAGGUGUUUCGCGAUCGACGAAGUUAAUUAAGUGCGAUUUUCGCGUGUGACUCGAGUGCGGAAUAUCCUUUUACGCGAGUGAAGUAAUAACUGUUGACGUAACUGCUUCGUUCGCGACAAACCUUUCGCAGUGUUUUGCUUUCGUGCCCGAUCAUCGGAGCUCAUACGUUUCAACGUGCGACGAAUCUCCGGGAUAGCAGCCAAGUGCGAAGGAUAGAGAGAGACGGAGAAGGAAGACCACCAUUCGCAACAAGAGAAUAAGCUCAUCGAAGAUGAAGACCACGCAACGAGCUUUAAGCUUCGACGAGACGUCGAUGGACAGCUGCAUAUUGGCUACCGUCGACGAGGGCCGCCGAAUCGGUGACUUGUCAGGCGAGUCUGCGAAGGACGGUAACGAGGUGGAAGUGACGUCAUUGGAGGAAGCCAAGUCGGUCAUAGCGGCACUCAGGGCGAGGCAACGGGCGCAGGCCCACCAGAUGCUCGCCUGGCGGAGGACCCUUAAAUUGCAGGAGGACCUGGUGGCCCGACUGACGCGAGAGAAGGCCGAACAGCUGCGGACGUUGUCAUCGCAGCUUCUGCUGUUCGAGUCUAGACUCUGCAGGAAGCAGAAGGAGAUCGAAGCCUGUCUAAGUCAGCGAGAAUCCAUUAUUCUACGACAACAAAGGGUAAUUCGACAAUUGCAGAGCAGAUUGGCGGAGAGGAGCACAGGUACCAGAGAUUCGCCACCCUGCGACGCCCUGGACAGAUUGGACAGUCUGGGUGAUAGCGACAGUGCCGUGGUGCUCGAAGAGACCGCCGACGAUCCUGCUCCGCCGAGAUUCCGAUCUAAUAUCACUGAUGUAACUGUGAUCCGUUCCGUAUCUGAUGCGGUGGAGCCGUCAAAUAAAUAUUCGUCGAUGCGACGAUGCAACGGUUUUCUUAGAAGACCGGAAAUCUUGGAAACCGUGUAUUCCGUGGAGGAGGAUGGCGACAGCGAGAAUAAUCAGGAUCCGUCCGAGUCGACGGAAAACUCAGAGUACGAAGAUAGGAGAGCGAAAAACUUGGGCAACGGUAAAGGAAGACUUCAGGAUCUUUAUGGUAGUUUCGAGAGGCUGGCACAAGAAGCGGAUUCUCCACCCAGCGAAAGACCUAGAGAUGAAAGUCAGCAGGCCCAGGUAACAUAUAAUAGGGUAAUGAGCAAUCACAGAUCCGUAACAAAGCCAAAAGAUGUGAAGUACAAGAGGAUAAACAAAGCAAAAUCGAAAAGUCUUGAAGAACUCAGAGGACGUCUUAGAAAUUGGGUCGAAAAAGGAAAUAAAAUAGCUAUAUCGCUGGAUCAGUCAUAUGCCUGAGCUUACUUAUUUGAUAUAUGAAAGUAUAUAAAUUAUUAUUUUAUGAACGAGCAUAAUGCUGUCAAAUAUGUAAUGCCUAAAGGUUAAUUUUAUCAAUAUAAGAUAUAUGCGAUUAUUAAGGAAUGGACUUUGUAAAGUCGCUACGGUGUAUUUAAUUGAUGAAAUCUUUGUGCUCCAUGUGAUAUUUACUGUAGUAUCUCUUCACAUUAAUUAUGCACUUAGGUCAGAGAUGUACGAUUCGAGACUUGUGAUAUGAUUUUAUUGUAUACAAAGGCGUAGUUUAGGAAGAAUUUAUCUUGCAAAAAAAUAAUUAACACUUAAGUGCCAUGGUGAAAAUUUUUAAUAUUAUGAU